AUUUUUUGUUAAACAACAACGAUUUUUUGCACUAAAUUUAAGCAUAAAAAAACUCAACUAUAGACUUCAUUUUUAAUUAAUAUUAAUAACAAGUGAUAAAGACAAUAAUUUUGCUAAUCAAUUAAUAAUUUAAGAACAAAGCAAAUGGCUUCACCAAGUUCCCAAAUGACCGACAAUGGCAAUACAACACAAACACCUACGCAGACAAACAACACCUUGAUGAGCUAUGGCGGUGUCACCAGUUCUUCGACCACAAUAUUUACCACCACUAUGCCAGAAAUUGAUAUGCAAGAGGAAGUAAAACCUUUAAAAAAGACUUUUAAUUUGGAGGAAAUUGAAAAAUUGCCCUAUGAGAUUCAUCGAUAUUCUUCAUUUUCAACUAAUUAUGUGCCAGAAAAUAUACUAGUAGACUGUCCUACUGAUCAGUCAUCUCGCUGGUCAGCAUUUAAUAAUAAUCCACCUCAAUACUUAACAUUGAAACUACGAAGACCUGCCAUUGUUCGUAAAAUAAAAUUUGGUAAAUUUGAGAAAUCGCAUGUUUGCAAUAUUAAGAAGUUUCGCAUCUAUGGCGGUUUGGAUGAAGAGCGUGUGGUUUUAUUACUAGAAGGGGGUUUACGUAACGAUCAUAUACCAGAAACAUUUAGUUUGCGUAGUGAUAUUACUAACAAUUUACCCAUAAUGUAUUUGAAAAUUGUUCCACUAUUAUCUUGGGGUCCCACAUUUAACUAUAGCAUUUGGUACAUUGAACUAUUGGGACAAGAUGAUCCCAUGUACACUAGUGUUUGUUUAAGGGAUUAUAAUAAGUUGCGAGAAGUUGAAAUUAUACGUUUAUGUUUAAAACAUUUUCGUCAGCAAGGUUAUGAAACAGCUUUCAAAGCUUUACAAGAACAAACCAAUGUGCGACUAGAACAUCCACUGAUUACAGAGCUGCACGAAUGCUUGGUAAUUAAUGGAGAUUUUGAUAAGGCUGAACAAUUUAUCACUGAUUGCGUUGAUGAGGGUUUAAUGGAUGAUUAUUUAAAUCGUCAGGAUUAUAAACAUGCUUGGCGUUUACAGCAUGCCCAAGGAAAUAGUCAGCCAGGAAAUCGAGGUGGCCAUCAAUUGGUUAUGGAUUCCCAAAAACGUCUUAUUUACUUGUAUGGCGGUUGGAAUGGCUUCCAAGAUCUAAGUGAUUUAUGGGUUUUCGAUAUACGCAACAACUGUUGGUCUCAGCUCUUCGAAAAUACUGAACAAUAUAACGGACCCACACCAAGAUCUUGCCAUAAAAUGGUUUUCGAUCCUGUCAGCAAAAAUAUUUUCAUGCUGGGUCGUUAUCUGGACAAUUCCAUACGUACAACCGAAUACAUCAAAAGUGAUUUCUUUUUGUACGAUACAAGAGCCCGCACUUGGUUGCAAAUUUGUGAUGACACUAGCCAAGUGGGUGGACCGCAACUGAUGUACGACCAUCAAAUGUGUAUUGAUGUCGAUAAGCGUACAAUUUAUGUGUUUGGUGGUAAAAUAUUAACGCCACGCAGUGUUAGCGCUUCAACAUCAAGUGAACCGGAGUAUUCGGGGCUAUUUUCUUAUCAUAUUGCUACCAAUACUUGGAGUCAGAUUUUAGUUGAUUGUCAUCAUCCAACUGCAUCACAGCCUGAAGUCUUGUCCAUAAAAUCGCGCAUCACUCAUUGUAUGGUAUUUCAUAAUAAAAAACGUAAGCUUUACAUUUAUGGUGGCCAACGUGGCAAGGAAGACAUACACGAUUUCAUUACCUACGAUGUGGAUAAUCAGACAUUGGAAUUUUUAAAUAGAAAUCCUAAUGGUGGUCAAACUGCGGGAACUGUUACUACUACAUCAGUGGGUGGUUCCAAUGGAAACCUCACAGCAAAUACAGAUAGAAAACAUGAACCAUCACCAGUAGCUCUAAGGGCCACAAUUGAUUGUGAACGUAAUGAAAUCUAUAUAUUUUCAAGUUUAAGCAAAAUAAAAGACCGCAGAGAUGUUCCCAAUACACCAGAUGCCUCAAAUUCAUUUUGGGUUUAUUCAUUGGAUUCUCAUAGCUGGUCUCGAAUUUAUUCGUGCCGUUACAAUUAUACCAACUCGACGGCAACUGAUGAUGAAAACAAUAAAGACAAUAUGUUAGAGCCUUGUCCCCGCUAUGCCCAUCAAUUGGUUUAUGAUGAUAUUGCUAAGCUUCACUAUCUAUUUGGGGGUAAUCCGGGUAGAUCAACAACGCCACAAUUACGUUUGGAUGAUUUUUGGAUUUUAGAAUUGGAAAAACCUAAACGUGAUGAAAUUUUAAGACAUUGUCGUUUUUUGUUGCGUAAAUUACACUAUGAGGAAAUGGCCAAAUCGGAUCCCUAUAAAGCCAUGCAAUAUUUACGUCAGCACAUAGCCGAGGUCAUUGAUCAUAACAAUAAAGAACAAUUACAAAAUUUUCAUAGAUUAGCAUCGCUGCUGUUUAAAAUUGAUGAUGAUGUGGAAAUUGAACAGGCUGCUAUGGAAAGAAUACCUAUAGGUGCUGGGAAAACUUUAGCCGAAUCUAGUUCUGAUAUUACUUCAUCUUCGGCCAAUGAAGAAGAUGUUUAUAAAAAAUGUGCAGAUGCUGGCAGUGAUCACACUCAACCGAUUGAAGAUUUGUCUUUGGAAUCCUGUGAAAGUUGCACAACAUCUUCGGGAGUUUCCGAAGCUGACUCUUCCUAUACAGCUUAUCGCAAAUCGGGUGGCAAACGUUCACGUAAUGAUUAUAUUUAUGAUUUACGUUCACGUCGCUCUUUUCUAUUUAAUAAACUUGUUCAAUUGAUGCCUACGAAUAUGGUACAACCGGAACGUAAUCUUAGUGAUUUUGCUACAAUGUAAAUUCAUAAUUUUAUUAUCUUUUUAACAGCUAGCUAGCUGCUUUAUCCUCUUUAUAAUACUUGAAAAGACUUUAAUAUGUAAUUUUUAAAUACUGAUAAUUGUGUACACCUUAUUUUUGUUUGUGUUGGCGGCAUUGUUUAGACAUUUUCAUAUAUAAAUUUUUUUAUUUCCUAUAUUAAGGCCCCAUUUUUACGAUGUCUGGCUAUAUGUAAACUUGAAGUUAUACUGUCUGUUAAAUUUAUUUGUAUUAUGAAAAUUGUCAGUUUAACUUUCGGUUAACAAAUAAUUAGACAUUGUGAAAAUGGGGGUAAAAGUUAUUAGUCAUGAUUUUUUAAUUCAUAAUUUUUACAGCUUUUUAUUUUUCAGUUUUACUUUAUUAAAUAAAAAAAAUGUAUUUUAAGUUUUAGUAUCAGUAUGAAUUUGUGUGAUAUUUAACGAAAUGGAAAUGAAAUUGGCAAACAUCAUUUGUAUCAUUGUUAUGACUUUGUCUAUUUCUAUGUUUACUUUUUUUGUAUUUGAAAAUUAGUUAAAAUUUAAUUAAAAAUUCAAAAAUGUCCAACAUUGUUAAUUAACUUUAAGUAGAAUAUUUAUGUAAUAAAAAAACAUGUUUUUCAUAUUUUAGUAUAAA